ACCUCCUGCAAAAUGGAAAUCCUCAAGAACUGAUCAAUCCGUUGUGCACCUCGCUUGGCAAGGACGAAAAAAGUGCUAAAUGUUGCAGAAUAUAAUAGUUUUUUACUAAUUCGUGUUAUUUUUACGUUUCGGAACGUGUUAAAUUUAUUAGUUGUACCUAGAUAAGUUGCAUUACGAAUGCGAGUUUUUCUGUGGUUUUAAAUUGUGAGAAAAAAUAUAGAGAACAAAUAAAAUGGUGAAAGUUUUAAGUGCCAGCGCCAGCAAGAUGUAUAGAAAUUCCGAACAAUACAGCGAUUGUUCGAACUUACUGAAAGCAGAUGACCCACCGUUGGAAGAACUCGAUCCUGCUAUAUUGAGUUGCGGUCUACCGGCGAUCAUUUUGUCCGAGGUCCAGCCCGUUUAUGCACCGCCGAUUCGAUAUACGGUCGGUCAGCUAUUAGCGAUUAGAAAAGCUAAAUCCUGCUACCGUCGGCCGUCCGCAGCAGACGAUCCCAAAAUUUCAGUUUUUUCCAUAUGGAAAACUCAGCCGAAUCAUCCGUCCAAUCGCCGUGUCAACAAGCCACCGACAGUUCAUCACCCACAGCCGCAUAAAGAGAACUGCAGUGCUGCAGGAAAUAGUGCGAACAAAGAAAGACAGGAAGUGGUUGGAAAGUUGAAAUAUCACCACAAUGGACGCGAGAACGGUUUUGUCGGUCCAAGGUUCAGACGUAACUAUGAAUUCAGCAACAGCCAUCAUCAUGUGAUCGUCAAGAGCUACAGUUCCGAUGGUGAUCAGCAUCAUCAUCAUCAUAUGCAAAACACCAUCAUCGAAGAAGAACCGGAAUGGGUGACUGCUGGUCCUACCUCGCGCUUGGACACAAUAGAACUGCGUGGCUUUGAUGAUGACCUGUCGGUUUCGCAAUCAUCUUCCGAAAAGACGAACACCGAUGACGGGAAAAACUCCAGCAAAAACUCGGGCAAGCAUAUCUCCUUCUACGACGAGCUGCACCAUUACGAGCAUGUCCAUGCCAAGAAGAGCAGUGGCGACCAUCUCAAACCGCAUGACUCAUCCGGCGGGCGUGAAAAUGACAUUGAAAGUGUUACCACGUCCAACACUGGCUCACCGCCACCGGCCCGCAGUACCCCGACGAAGCAUUUGAACGAAUUCAACAACAUGAUGGAAGAUGCGCAGAAGCACAACAGCGGCGUCAACGUGAACAACUUUGAGGAGUUUAUGAAAUUUGAUUCACUGCUCGGCUCCGAUUCAGUUGCUGGAAACAAUGCGCAGUCUGGAUCACGCUUUAGCAAAUGGUUCCGCCGCGGUGGUAAUUCGUUCAACACAUCCUCCGGUCAAAACUAUGACGGUCGUCGGAAUGCUUCGUAUUUAUCGUCGGACAACUAUGUCCAUGGAAACAAUAACCGUUAUCCGGCGGACCGCAACUAUUAUCAGCAAUAUCAUCCGCCUCGUUUCUCGUCGCAGGCCAACCAUGGGCCAGGGGACAUCCCAGCGGAUUCUAAUUCGGCUUUUAGGCGCCUGGUGGAUAUGAUGGCUCAGAAUCGCGUGAACAACAACUUGGUAGCCCAACAGCAAAAUCUCUUGCAGAUGCUGAACAAGAACCAGCAAAGCGAAAGUCUGCGUCGUAUGCUGAUCAAAAACACCGUUGACAACGCAUCCGAUGCUAAUCGCCAGCAACCGUCGCAGGGUCCACGUGUUCCUACGCAAUUCGAGCUUCAGCUGCACACCCAAUCCAUCAUGCAGAAUGCGUUGCUCCGUAAGAAGUUGCAGGAUCAACGAAAGAUACUCCUCGAACAAAACAGCCAAAUUGCCGAAAUGGCCGCUGUUGUUGGUAAAACGGAACCAAACGCGGAGGUACAGCAAUUUGUCAAAUCAGUUUCGCCAAACCUUCAACGCAGUCUAUCGAUUCUGAGUCAAACAGCCAAUAAUGGGGGCGGAGGAAAUUAUCGCUCGUUCAAUCAAACCUUCCCGAGCAGCAACGCCAGAAUGGGAAAUCAGCCCUUCGCUAGCGCGUCGCAUCAUCCCGAUUUAUCGGCUUCGUUGCGCCAGAUGUUGUUACCGAAUCACCAUCAGCAGCAAGGAUCGCGUCCGUUUGGCAAUCGACGUCGUUUCGAGAAGCGAUCAGUCACGUGGAAAACCCCAAACUGAGCAGCAGCCAGUUUACUGCGUAUUCGAAACCGAUAGUGAAUUGAAUGCCACGUGGAUGAAAAAAUCAUCUGUUAGUUGGAAUAUUAGUAUUUCGAGCAUUUUUACUUUGCCACUUUUGUUUCAUAUUACCAUUUAUUCGUGUUUCGUUCUUUACCUACCUUUAGAUACUCAAUAAUGUCUCGUUUGUUUAUUUUCGUAUCAAUUCUUUUUACGCUGAACGGAAUAAUUCGACUUCAGAGUUGUCGGAUGAGUCCUCGGGCAUAGAUGAAUACCAGUUUUUUUUCACGUUAGGGAAAUAGAUUUAAGACGAUUGUUUGUAUUUUGCAAGAACCAAUAGUUCUAUCCUUAUACCUCUUUUCCAUUUCUGAUGAAACAUUUAUCAUUCUUCACAAAUUUUGCCAAAUAAUUGUAUUAUCUCAAAAAGUAACACAUUACAUUAGUUUUACUCAGACUGAAUUGGCUAUAGUGGAUUUACAUUUUGAAUCUAAGACUUUAUAAUAAACAACAUUGAAUUUUGUAAAAUCGGCACUAAAUCUGUAAUCACUUGAGAAAGUUUCCCACACAUGCCUUGACAAAUUAGAGAGAUACGACUUUCUGAGGAACCCAA